AGGUCGAGUGGACAAAGGCUGCCGAGGCGGCGGCAGCAGGAACUCGCCCUGACACAGUUUUGGUGGCGCUAUAACGAAAAGAGCGACGGAGCGAGUGAAACCUAUAGAUGUUUAAUAAAAACAUUGUAAGCAGGAUCCGAAAUGUUUAUAGAAAACGGGCACGACGGGCGGCUUACCAAGGCCCGAAUCGCCAACCAAUGGCUGACCAAGUGCUUGUGAUAGGCAGUGGAGGCAGAGAACAUGCUCUGGCUUGGAAACUGGCACAGUCCCCUCACGUGCAGCAGGUUCUGGUAGCUCCAGGAAAUGCCGGGACAGCUAAACAUGGGAAAAUUUCCAAUUCAGUUAUUUCAGUGAGUGAUCACGCUGCUCUUUCAAAAUACUGCAAAGACCGAAAGAUUGGACUUGUAGUGGUUGGUCCAGAAGUCCCUCUUGCUGCAGGAAUUGUCGAUGACUUGACAGCUGUUGGUGUGAGAUGUUUUGGUCCCACGGCAAAGGCAGCUCAACUCGAAUCCAGUAAGAGCUUUUCAAAAGCCUUUCUGGAUCGUCAUGGCAUCCCAACUGCAAGAUGGAAAGCUUUCACUAAUGCUGAAGAAGCUUGUGCCUUUAUUAAUAGUGCGGCUUUCCCUGCCCUGGUUGUAAAGGCGAGUGGUCUGGCUGCUGGAAAAGGUGUGAUUGUGGCUGCAAACAAAGGUGAAGCAUGCAAAGCUGUUCAUGAAAUAAUGCAAGAUAAAACUUUUGGAGCAGCUGGAGAAACUGUUGUUGUUGAGGAACUUCUUGAAGGAGAAGAGGUUUCUUGCUUAUGCUUCACGGAUGGUGCCACUGUUGCCCCAAUGCCACCCGCCCAGGAUCACAAACGAUUAAUGGAUGGAGAUCAGGGCCCAAAUACUGGCGGCAUGGGGGCCUAUUCCCCAGCACCUCAGCUAUCCAAGGAUCUGCUUCUGAAAAUCAGAAAUUCUAUUCUCCAGAAAACAGUUGAUGGUAUGAGAAAAGAGGGUAUUCCUUACAUAGGUGUGCUCUAUGCUGGGUUAAUGCUAACCAAAGAUGGACCAAAAGUCUUAGAGUUCAACUGUAGAUUUGGUGACCCUGAAUGUCAGGUAAUUCUCCCACUACUUAAAAGUGACCUUUAUGAAAUUAUGCAAGCAACCAUUGAUAGAAAGUUAUCCUGCCACAUGCCUGUUUGGAUUGAAGAUUGUGCAGCUGUGACUGUGGUCAUGGCUAGUGAAGGCUAUCCGGGAAACUAUGCCAAGGGUUUGGAAAUAACAGGAUUUUCUGAGGCUAAAGAGCUAGGCCUGGAAGUGUUCCAUGCAGGCACAGCCACAAAGGAUGGCAAAAUAGUGACCAGCGGAGGCAGAGUCCUCACUGUGACAGCUAUCAAGAAUGACCUUGUAUCUGCACUAGAAGAAGCCAACAAAGGAGUAGAAAUCAUUCGGUUCCGAGGGGCCAUUUAUAGAAAGGAUAUUGGUUAUCGGGCUAUUGCUUUUCUUAAACAAUCCAGAGGCCUGACUUACAAGGAUAGUGGUGUAGAUAUUGCAGCUGGUAACACCUUGGUUCAGCAAAUUAAACCUUUUGCAGCAGCCACAUCCAGGCCAGGCUGUAAUGCUGAGCUUGGAGGGUUUGCUGGACUUUUUGACUUGAAAGAAGCAGGAUAUAAAGAUCCAGUCUUGGUAUCUGGAACAGAUGGUGUUGGAACAAAGCUCAAGAUUGCCCAGCUGUGCAACAAGCAUGACACAAUUGGUCAGGACUUGGUCGCCAUGUGUGUCAAUGAUGUCCUAGCUCAAGGAGCUGAGCCCCUCUUUUUCCUUGAUUAUUUUGCCUGUGGAAAGCUGGAUGUUGAGAUGGCACGGACAAUCAUAGCUGGAGUAGCUGAGGCUUGUAAAUUGGCAGGAUGUGCUCUCCUUGGAGGAGAAACUGCUGAAAUGCCUGGCAUGUAUCUACCUGGAGAAUAUGACCUGGCUGGCUUUGCUGUUGGUGCUGUGGAACGAGGACAGAUGCUUCCCCAGCUGGACAGAAUUGUUCAUGGAGACAUGAUUAUUGGAAUUGCCUCCUCUGGUGUUCACAGCAAUGGGUUUAGCCUUGUGAGAAAGAUUGUCGAAAACUCUCCUUUAGAUUUUUCCUCUCCUUCAGUGGGUGGCCCUAGUGAUCAGACGUUAGGACAGCAACUGCUUACACCCACCAAAAUCUACAGCAAAGUUCUUAUGCCAGCCCUUCGCUCAGGUCACGUGAAGGCGUAUGCCCAUAUUACUGGGGGAGGGCUGCUGGAAAACAUCCCGCGGGUACUCCCAGCAUCACUUGGUGUAGUUUUAGAUGCCUUGAGUUGGAAGAUACCACACAUCUUUUCCUGGCUUCAAAAAGAAGGAAACCUGUCAGAAGAGGAAAUGGCUCGAACAUUUAAUUGUGGGAUUGGUGCAGUCUUAGUGGUGCAGAAGGACCUGGCUGGGCAGGUUCUGAAGGACAUCCAGAGGCAUGAAGAGGCAUGGUUGAUUGGAAAAGUUGUACAUCAUGAAGCAGGGUCUGACCACGUUAAAAUCAAUAACUUGCUUCAAGCCUUACAAGCCAAUAAUUUACAGUCUUCUCACAAGCAACAGAGCAAAACCCAGCCAAGUAAAACAAGGGUGGCCGUCCUCAUCUCUGGAACAGGCACAAAUCUGGAAGCUUUAAUAAGCAGCACAAAAAAACCAACAAGCUCUGCACAAAUUGUGCUUGUCAUUUCAAACAAAGCUGGUGUUGAAGGGUUAAAAAGAGCUGAAAGAGCUGGCAUCCCUACAAAAGUAAUUGACCACAAACAGUACAGCAAUCGUGUUGAGUUUGACAGUGCGAUGGAUAAAGUUCUUGAGGAGUUCUCCACUGAACUGAUCUGCCUUGCAGGAUUUAUGAGGAUCUUGUCUGGUCCUUUUGUCAGAAAGUGGAAUGGAAAAAUUUUGAAUAUCCACCCUUCCUUGCUGCCUUCAUUUAAAGGAGCAAAUGCCCAUAGACUGGUACUGGAGGCUGGAGUCCAAGUCACUGGGUGCACUGUGCAUUUUGUUGCUGAAGAAGUUGAUGCUGGAGCAAUUAUUUUUCAAGAGGCAGUUCCAGUGAAGCCUGGAGACACAGAGAAAACCUUGUCAGAGAGAGUGAAAGAAGCAGAGCACAGAGCCUUCCCAGCUGCAUUGCAGCUAGUAGCGAGUGGCGAAGUACAUUUGGGAGGGGAUGGGAAGUUAUGCUGGAAUUCAGAAAAACACUACUGAAGUGCAGAGGAAGAAAUAUCAUGCAUAUUUUUGUUUUUCAUUGUGUAGCACACAAUAGCAAGGUUUUAAAGUCUUAAUCAAGCCAAGAUCAGGAAGCUAAAUUGGGAAGGGAAUUAACUGGCUGUCUCUAAUAUGUUUGCCAUGCUCUGGUGCCUUAAAAUAGAACCCUGUAGGCACUGGUCCAUAGGACAAGGCAUUUGUGUAAUCAACGCAGGUUCACCCACUGUCUUAUGAGGAGUUCAUCAUUAAGGUGCACUAAAACGAUAAACACCUACAUGGAGAAUUACUCCACCCAAAUAGCUUGCCAUGUGACCUGCACAGUACAUGGCCUAAGAUUCUGCUUCAACGGGUCAGCCAUUUGGCAGAGUCCAGACUUAAAUUGGGCCUCAGCCCAAUUUACUCAGCACCUUAACAGCCUAACUGUACUGCCAGAAAAGGUAACAGAAUAAGAAUAUGAAUUAAGCAUUUAAUAGCAUCCUCUCAUAAGGUUUUUCUGCUCAGACAUAAAAAGUAAUUCAGAAUAAUUGAACUAUUGAUUCGGAAUUGAUCCCGUUAUUUAGAUGGGUGAGGAAGGGCUCUGCAUGCAGAAGGUCCCUUUGCCUAAUUUUUAUGAUUCCCUUACCCACCCCACCACUCACCCCAUUCAGUAGGUUCUCCUGACUUCAUUUUCAGGCAGCUGGGAAGGUUCCAUGGAAAGCAAAGGGUGUGGGAGCCCACUUCUGCCCGCACAGCUAAACCAGGCUUUAAGGCUAUGUAAUUCAGAAUCAAGUUUAGUCAUUGACAUUGCCAUAAUAUAGGUGGUAAAUGUUCUGUUGCAUGGAGAUCCACUAUUUAAUUCUUCAAAGAAACGUGGCAGUAUCACUGAAUGCCAGCUGCCCUUAGAUUAUCACCUGCACAAGAUCUAGUCUCCCCACCCUUUUUAAACCUAUUAUACUGUGAAACAUAUUUGAAUGGUCCAUUGAAACUUAGCUUAUAACAUUACAGAGAUACAUGCUAACUUUUAAAAAGAUUUUUGUAUCAUGGCUAGUAAACACAAUGGAGGCAUAUUGUAAUUCAUCUACUGUAAUUCUUGUUUGAAAGGAAAAAAAAGAAUUAGGUAGUUAUCAGAAGUGUCUUUCAUAAAACAUUUCACAAAUGUCACUUCAAGGAAAUACAUGUGUAUUUCCACUGUGUUGUGUUUUUGCAAUAAGUUACAAAACUAAUCAGUGUUCAAACAAGGAUCCAUGGAACUAGGACUGCAAUCAUAAUACUGUUCCAUUCUUGCCACUUGUUUUAUAUCCAUAUGUUUGAUGACCUCAUACCUCAUCCUAAUAAAAUUUUUAAUGUCAGAAA